AUGGUGUACGAUUGGGCUGGGAAGCGGGACAUCUGCUUCCAGAUGUACAUUCAGGAAAAGAAAGCCCUGGAAGAGAUCAUGGAAUACAUGAGAACUGCUUAUCAGUUUGCGCCGAGUAAACGCGCGUAUCAGACACAGUUCAAGCGAUGGGGCUUUCCUUCGAAACAGAAUCCUGCACACAAGAAUGUCGACCUCGUCGCUCGAGUCAAGGAGCUAUGGGAGCACAACACUAAUCAACGCGAUAUGCUCCGCAUACUGAAUGACGAGGGAUUUGCGAUCAAAGAGCGAGAAUUGAUGCGCGUUCGAGCAAAGAACCGCUGGCUACUCCGCGUUCCCAAUGGGAUGAAAUCACAAGUCAGUGCGGAUACGCGGAACACACAACCAGAUGAUGAAGGACUUCUGGCGCUCCAGCAGGAGAUUUACAAACAAGAGGAGCAGUUUGACGGUGCCGACCCCGUACCUACCGAAGCCGGUCCCACAACUGCAGAGCGCCGCUCGUCCCCCGGCCUGUCGCCAGAAGUCGUGGCGAAACGCAAAGAACGUCUGGACCGCCUGAAAUCAGAGAGCGCAGAGCGAUGGGCUUCUAGAAAACGUCGCCGUCGUACCCGUGGGUGGGCUGGCCUGCCUGCUGAUCCUCCAGGGCCUCCUCGCUUCCCCUCAGAGACCACAAUCGAUGAGAGCAAGCAGUAUCUCAAUCUGGACAACACGACAUAUCGCCAGCUAAGAGACCACUUUCAACGGAUUUGUGAAGAAGCCGGAUUCAUCAAAAAGACUAUUGCGGGUCCGGAGCGAUGGCAGGCCGCAAAGGACAAAUUGAUACAGGAAUCACCCCAUCUACAGCAGGUGUUUAGUGCCGAGCCGACCCAACGCGACGCAAAGGCUCUGGCUCUUGACGUUGUGUGUACGGACGUGACAAAACGAAUGAGAACUUUGGAACGGCGGAUGACCCUUGCCGAAGCCAAAAAUGCUUUGGGAGUCAACCCGGAGGAAAGUCGCCAGAUCCGUAACGCCUUCUACGAUACCCUCAAGGCAGAUCAUUUCACAAGCAAGUUAGAAGCGGGCGAUGAGCAUUGGGCGGAAUUGAAGGCACGAUGGAUUCAUAAUUCGCCCCUUCUUCAACGGAUUCUGGAGCCAGGGUCCGCCGACUCAGAACACGCAUCCAAGUUGAAAGCCUUGGAGGUGCUCUGUCGGGACGUCAUGAAACGGCUACGCGACGACCAGACUAAGCGAGACCCGGCUCGCAAAAGAUCCACCCCGCGAGCCAGCUCGCAGAACACUGCGCAGUCCAACAAUACUCCAGUACAUAAUAUGCUGGACAAUGGAAUCAGUAACGGGAUCAGCACCCUCGCAUCCCAGGCGCUCGCUAGUGCUCCCAUCUCCGCUAGCGAGCUUGGCGAUAUGCAAAUUGAUCCAUCUCUGCUGCAGGCAGCAAACGACCCAUCUUCUUUCUCGACGAACCCACAACACGACGCGGGCAGUGCAUUUGAGUACAUGGAUCCCAUGCUUCAUUCUACAUUACUCAAUACGACGAUCUGGCUUCAGAGCAGCCCCCAGAGUCAACUCCAGGGGACACCAGCCAAACCCUGGAUGGAUAAGCUUGCCACUCGAUCCGUCGAGGAGGUGCGCCAGAUUAUCACUAGCCGCUAUCCUUACUCGAUCCUCAGCAAGAUUGAGGGUGUUGAUAAGGAUGAGCAUGGCAACGAGACGUUUUUCCCUAUUGACGAGGAUCACGAGCUGGACGCGUAUUUGGGACAGGUCCAUGGGAGAAAGGCUCUGCUUGUCUUCACAGUAGGGCAAAUUUAA